UCUCCACAGAGUAUCCUCGCUGGAAUUGAGCCUAAUGUGGUCAUGCUUCGGGAAUCCCAAGCUUAUGAUAUGGUUACCAGCCAACAAUUCUGUUACAAGAAUGUGCUUAUCCCAAAAUGGCAUGAUAUAUGGACCCGGAUACAGAUCCGGAUAAAUAGUUCCAAAUUGGUACGAGUUGCUCAGGUGGAGAGUGAGGAAAAACUGAAGGAGCUAGAGCAAUUCAGUAUCUGGAACUUUUUUUCCUCAUUUUUAAGAGAGAAGUCAAAUGACACCUAUGUUAAUGUGGGUCCGUACAGCACGAAAACCUGCCUCAAAGUUGAGAUCACAGAAAAGGACACCAAGUACAGUGUCAUGGUGACCCGCAGAUUCGACCCCAAACUCUUCCUCGUUUUCCUCCUUGGACUUUUGUUAUUUUUUUGUGGAGACUUGCUGAGCAGAAGUCAGAUUUUCUACUAUUCCACUGGGAUGAGCGUGGGAAUUGUGGCAUCUUUACUAAUCGUCAUUUUCUUACUAUCCAAGUUUAUGCCCAAGAAAAGUCCCAUUUACGUCAUCCUGGUGGGAGGCUGGUCCUUUUCUCUGUACCUCAUUCAACUAGUUUUUAAAAAUUUACAAGAGAUCUGGAGGUGUUACUGGCAGUAUCUUUUAAGCUACGUCCUCACAGUUGGAUUCAUGAGUUUCGCAGUGUGUUACAAGUAUGGACCCUUGGAAAACGAACGAAGUAUCAACCUGCUGACAUGGACCUUGCAGCUGAUGGGCCUGUGUUUCAUGUAUUCUGCCAUCCAGAUACCGCACAUUGCGCUUGCCAUGAUCAUCAUUGCUCUGUGUACUAAGAACCUGGAAUAUCCUAUUCAGUGGCUGUACAUCACCUACAGAAAGAUAUGUAAGGCAACAGAAAAGCCUGUUCCCCCUCGUCUCCUGACAGAAGAAGAAUAUCGGAUACAAGGAGAAGUGGAGACCCGAAAGGCUCUAGAGGAACUUCGAGAGUUUUGUAACAGUCCAGACUGCUCUGCAUGGAAGACUGUUUCUCGAAUCCAGUCUCCAAAAAGUGAGCCACAUGUACCCAAUAGGAAACUUAAAAAAAGAAAUAAAUUUGCUGACUUUGUGGAGGGCUCUUUCCACCUCACACCAAAUGAAGUUUCCGUCCAUGAGCAGGAGUAUGGAUUAGGGAGCAUUAUUGACCAGGAUGAACUCUUCGAGGAAACAUCCUCUGUGGAGGAGGACUCAGAUUCUCAGUGCCCCGCUAUCACACAGAACAACAUCCUGACUUAAAGGGUGGUCAGUUAUUUUUAUGUAGACUGGCUUGGUGCCUUGGUGGUCCUGUUGCAUGUGUUGUGCAGUUGCUUCCAACCUCUUGAAACCAGAUGAGAGAGGUACAGAAAUUCUCAUUGAAAUGAGAGUCCUGAGUAGGCCUCUCUCUGGAAAUGGUCUUCGUGGUCUCUGUGGGAUCCCUGAGGAGGGAGAGUGGAUCAAACUGCAAACGCUGCGGUGAUUGGCUUCCUGAUGGUUAAGCUAUCCAAGUCUACUUUUAUGUUCCAAAGACAAACUGGGUGGCCACAGAUAGCACGUUUUUCUAGCUCCUCUAAAAGAAGGUUCAACCAUGGUUUCUGUCACUGCGACUGGCCCUCUGAAGUGAGAACUGUUAUAAUUGCAGUAGUGCUUUCAAAUUAUGGGCCCCAUCAUCUAGAGAAAAGCCCACAAGCCUGAGCCCCCUUCAUUUCUGCUUUUAUUUCAGUGACUUUAGAAUGAAUACUUCUUGAUUUAAUUGUUUUGAGAGGAAAAUGGAUUUUCAUUUGUUGUCUUCUUCAUUAUGCAAGAGGGUGCGUGUGCAUGCACAAGAGAAUAAAGGGGCCACUGGGGGUGAGGGACCCCCCUCACCUCCACCACCAGAACCUUCUGCUGAAACAGUGGCUGGUCAUGCUGCAAUUCGUUUUUCUCCAAUGCUUUAUCCUGUCAGGAUCCCAGGUACCCACACUCAUGCUCUGGGUAUAAACCACCAUGGCAGGAACAAACCCUGGUCAACCAUGUGGGAGCCGGCUUCUGUGCAGUGCUUAGCCAUUGCACUACCGGCUGGCCCUGUCUUGUCCUGUUUUGUAAUUGAAUGUAUUUUUUAAAACAACAAACUCAGGCCAGCUGGAGACGUACUUAAGGCAGCUGAUCCCACAUGGCUGAUCGUGCAGUUUGAGUCUGGUCCUG